UGGACUUUUUGUGGUCUUCCUUCUCAUCUAUCUGAUGACUCUUAUCACAAACCUUCUUAUAUUUUUCUUGGUCCUCACUGACUACCAUCUGCACAACCCAAUGUAUUUUUUUCUCAGCAAUUUGGCUUUUCUGGACAUGUCUUAUUCAUCAGUGAGUGGACCAAAGAUGCUCUUCAACUUGGUCACCAAAAACCAAACUAUAACCCUCCCUGCUUGUACAGUCCAAGUCUUUUUCUCUGUCUAUUUUGCUUCCUCUGAGCUCCUCUUGCUCUCGGCGAUGUCCUAUGACCGGUACGUCGCCAUCUGCAAACCUCUUCAUUACACACAAAUUAUGUCCUGGAGGAUGUGCAGUCAUUUAGCAGUUGUAAUUUGGGUCUUUGGGAUUAUUUAUUCCUUGGUUCAUACUCUUUGUUUUCUCAGGUUGUCCUUCUGUGGCCCAAAUUCCAUCCACAGCUUCUUCUGUGACCUUCCACACUUGUUCGAGAUUUCAUGUACUGACCCAACAAUAAACAUAGUGAUCAUUUUCGCUUUGGGCACCAGUGUGGCAUUAUCAGCCCUUCUUUUCACAUUCCUUCCAUAUGUCCGUAUUCUCAGAACAAUUCUCCAAAUUCGUGGCACAACUGGAAAGACAAAAGCUUUCUCCACCUGCGUAUCACACCUCACCGUGGUCUUCAUCUUAUAUGGCUCCAUCAUUUUUAUUUACUUGGUUCCCACCUCCAGCAAUAUGCUCAGUGUGAACAAGCUGCUUUCGGUCAUGUAUGCCCUCAUUAACCCUUUACUUAAUCCUCUGAUCUACAGCCUGAGGAAUGCCGACCUUAAGGCAGCAUUCAAGAGGACCUUCAGUCACCCAAAAAAAUAAAUUAAUCUAGAACUAUAUUUGG